AUGUGGAUAUUUGGAAGAAAAGGAACAUCUGGUUUCUCAUGUUGUUCAACUGCUGAGGAAGUUACUAAAGGAAUUAAUGGAUUUGGCCUCACUGCCAUUGUUACAGGAGCAACAAGUGGCAUUGGCGUGGAGACGACACGUGUCCUCGCCUUGCAGGGUGUGCAUGUAAUUAUGGCAAUACGUAAUAUGGAAAAUGGCAAAAAAAUUAAAGAAAAAAUAGUAAAAUCCAAUCCAAAUGCUAAAAUUGAUUUUAUGGAAUUAAAUCUAAGUUCUAUGGAGUCAAUAAGAAAAUUUGUCAAAGAAUAUAACUCUGCUGGUCAUCCUUUGAACCUUUUAAUUAAUAAUGCAGGGGUUAUGAUUCCACCAUUCACACUUUCUCAAGACAAGAUUGAAUUACAAUUUGCAGUAAAUCAUUUAGGUCAUUUUCUUUUGACAAAUCUUUUAUUGGAAAACAUGAAAAAUACAGCUAAAAAUAGCAAAAAAGAAGGAAGGAUAGUAAAUGUUGCAUCAGCAGCACAUGAUUUUGCAUAUUCUCAAGGAACUAUUUUUGAUAAAAUUAAUGACAAAGAGAGCUACCAUAGAUUUCAUGCUUAUGGCCAAUCAAAGCUUGCUAAUAUACUGCAUGCAAAUGAACUCGCUAAGCGUUUAAAGGAAGAAGGGGUAAAUAUUACUGCUAAUUCUGUUCAUCCUGGACCAAUUGCCACCAACAUUAUGCGUUAUGACAAUAUCCUUCUAACAGGAUUAGUUAAUUGGAUUGGGAGAUAUGUGCUCAAGAGUAUUGAUCAGGGAGCAUCAACUACAUGUUAUGUGGCUUUGCAUCUACAAGUGAAAGGAGUAAGUGGUGAGUACUUUUCAGAUAACAACAUAGCUACAAACAAAACAACUUCUUUGGCUAAGGAUUCAGAUUUAGCAAAGAAGUUGUGGGAAUUUAGCUUGGAUUUGACCAAAUAGGUUUGUCAAAUGGGCGAGUCAGGUUGAAUCUCGAUGAAUCUAAGACGUGAUGAGUUAAUAAAUAGACGAGUUGAAUUAAAUUUUAGUUGAGAACCUUUAUUCAUCAAUUCCUAAUUUGACUAUAUUAUCAUGUCCUUUCCCGUCUGUGUAUUUUGUUUGUUGGGCUAAGUCGAUUCAAAGAUGUUUUUAACAUCGUGUGAUAUUGUCUGUUUUGAACCACGUCCACAAAUCAGUUGAACUAAAAAACGUAGAUACCUGUGUUGAUGAAAGGUAAUAGAUUUUCACCAGGUUUACUAUAGAAUUAGCCGAGUUAUACGCAAACUGACUUGAACACCACGGUUAUCCAGAUGUCAAUACUCAUGAUAAUUUGCAGGACUCAAGUGGCAGUUACUAUUCAAAUGUCCACGAGUUUUCAGUCCGCUUGAAAA